AUGAUUCCAAUCCCACAAUCCCUAUUCACUCUUCCAAUUAUCCCACUGCUUCUCUUCAUCAUUCUCACAGAAGCUUCAAGCUCAUGGGGGCUUCAUGGAGAAGGAAAAAAGGAUAUGAAACUGUUUGUGUUUGGAGACUCAUAUGUUGACACUGGGAAUUUCAAGAAAUCAGGAUCCUAUAUGCCACCAAAUGGAAUGACUUUUCCUGGGAAACCUUCUGGAAGAUUUAGUGAUGGUCGAGUUCUUACUGAUUAUAUAGCUUCAUAUCUGGGAAUAAGAACGCCGCUACCAUACAUAUAUAGAAAUUACGUAGAGAAAUCAAAACUAGAAAAUGGGAUGAACUAUGCAUGUGGAGGGACUGGAAUUUUAAACACAUUAUUUACUGAUGGACCAAAUUUGACCACCCAAAUCCACUCACUCCAGAAGCAAGUUCAACAAAAUUUCUACACCAAACACGACCUAAGAUCCUCUGUUGCUCUGGUCAACGUUGGUGGUAACGAUUUUGCUACAUUUUUACAGUCAAAUGGAGCCCUCAAGGAUGCAGGGGCAUUUUCGUCAAGAUUAAUCAGCCAACUUUGUUCAGAUCUGAAACUAAUUAAAAGCUUGGGAGUGAGGAAAGUAGCAAUAACGUUAAUAAUGCCAAUGGGAUGUUUACCUCAACAAUCUGUGAACACUUCCUACCGAAAAUGUGCUGAAAUUCCAAACGAGAUUGCCAUAAAUCACAACAAGAAGUUGCUUCAUUGCAUCUCAAAAUUGAACUUUCAAUCGCCAAAACCAGUGUUUGUCACACUUAAUCUCUACAACACUUUCCUCUCUGUCAUUACUUCAACGCAGAGAAGGCGUGCUAAAGAUCCAAGCUUAAUGAAUCCAUUAAAGGCAUGUGUAAAUGUUGAAGUGGACAAGGAAGGAGAGCUAAAAUAUAAUGUGUGUGAGAAACCACAAGUAUCAUUCUUUUGGGACCAAGUUCAUCCUUCUCAAAAUGGUUGGCAUCAAGUCUACAUUAGGUUGAAAUCUUCCCUCCGCCAACUUCUUCAAUAA